AUGCAUAGGAGUUUCACUGCAUUGUUUGGUAAGCAAACUUUCAAGAAUCUUCUUGUAUUCCAGAACAUCCAAUCUUGGGGUGAUUUGGACUUAAUGGCCAAUAAGUAUUUGGUUAAUCAACAAGAUGUGGUUCGGUUGACAAUCAGUUGGGUUAGGCAUAUGUGUGUUCAAUAUUUAAUUGUAAGACUCGUAAAAGGUCUUAUAUCGUGGACAGGUGAGGGUCUCGGUGACUCCCGUCUCUCAAAUAGCUGUCGCAACUCGCAACGCUUUCUUGGGAACAUCUCUCCUUCAAAUUCUACAUACCCAGCUUCUCAGUUCUUCUUCUACAGGGGCUUCGCUUCUAAGCUUUUCCUCAAAGGUGUAUCUUUCUUGACCACAGAAGAAAGAUUAGUUGAAGCAUUCUCACAAUUUGGCCAUGUUCUUGAAGCUAAAAUAACAAGGAAUAAAACUACUAAAAGGUCAAAAGGUUAUGGGUAUGUGACCUUUGCUGAACAGAGUGAAGCCCACAAGGCCUUGGUGGGCAUGAAUAGGAAGGUGCUAGAUGAGGGUGUUCAGCCAGCCAGGCUUUCCCCCCGUGCCAGCAGCUGAUAGGUGAUGUAACUUUCUGAUCCUCUUAUAUUAUUGUGUUAAAUGUUGCUAAGGUUGGGCUUAUGACACAUCAUAUAAUUUCCGUACUAUAUAUUCUUUCAUUUUUUGAGUUGACUGUUGACAAUUGUAUUAUCGUACUACGUCCUAGGCGCUA